AGAUUGAGGGGAAGAAAAGAUGAAAGUGAUGUGUUGAAUAGAAGUCAUGCCAUGUAUGCCAAUUACCAAAGUUACCGUACGCACCCACCUUAACACGCCCGUCUCCCUGUAUCGUUCCGUACCGUAACAUCGCCAACUGCUCCUUCGGCCUCAACUUUUCUCUCUCGCUCUUCGCCGGCGACCAGCAGCUUCAAUCCCGGCUGAACUCCUUUAUUCCUCCAUUAUCGGUUGCCCUAUACCCAGAAACCCUCCAGAUGUAAUUCACCAUGGCUGUCCGGUCCAGGUCGUCUCUGCAUGUGCGACAGGAUUCCGAUCUGAGUCUGCUUCCUCCGCCCUCCAAACGCCCUCGUAUACAACAUCUCAAUCCCCUUCCUUCGUCUUCUUCGCGCCGUCUUCGUCGUCGCGGCAGUUCGCCCGAUCUGCUAGAUACCACCAUCGAGCCCGCUACCACCCCUAAACCUCUCGCUGUCCGUCCCGCCAACUCACCCCUUUCGGCCGCUACUGCUGCUCCGCUACCGCGCGCAUCGGCGCGACGACCACGACUCAUAUCCUCGGCCUCGUCAUCCACAUAUAACCACCGUUCUCCUCCUCCCUCAUCUUCUAAUAACCCGAAAACUCCGCAUUUCAGAAAUCGCCAUGAUGUCCCGUCCACUACCCCCAUCCCAGAUCCGCGCGAAUCCCCCGAUCCGCUAGAUACCAUAUCUCCCGCUCCCGCGAUUUCCUCCCCCCGACCACGUCCGCCUCCCGCUGUGCGUGAGAGCCGCCACCAUCACCCACAACAACCCAAACAGCAACACAAGGUUGAAGACAAGCCUGCGGAAAAUCCAGUGGGGUCAGACAAGACAUCCCGGAACAAUGUCAGUCGGACUUUGCAGAGGAAUAACAGCGUUCCGCCGCCGGAAUCGCAACCGCCGCCAGCUCCAGCUCCAGCUCCCGCCCCCUCCGCGGGACGGGAACGGCGGUCCUUGCGAUCUCAUGACAGCGGACCCAAGUUUAGAAGCGAAUUGGCUGCUUAUUUCCCGAACUACGAUCAAUUGCUGAGUCUGGAACCGCAGAAAACGGAAUUCCUGACCGGAGAUACGGCGAUCCAGUUGAUUGACGAUCUCACCAAACCUCCGUCGACAUACCUGCCUCCUGAUCCGGAAUUGCCCUUUGGCAACCCUCUUUUGAAGUUCCACAGUUGCAAGGUAGUACAAUUACCGGAACCCAAGGAGGACCACGAUGCUGGCGAAGAAGACCCCUUGAACGAGGGAGCCUAUUUCCGCGCGCACCGCAGAGUCGAACGACAGGAGAAACAACUUCGGAAUAUCGAGCGUGAGCGUGCCCAGCAUGAAAAGCUCCAGGUAGACCGUCUCCUAGAGGAGCUACGAGGUCACGACUGGCUUCGCGUGAUGGGUAUUACAGCCACAGAUAACAAGAAAGUCUACGAGCCGAAGCGCGACUUUUUCGUCAAAGAACUCUCGGCUUUGAUUGAGAAGUUCAGAAUCUGGAAAGAAGAGGAGAAGCGUCGGAAACUAGCCAAGGACAAGCCGUCCUCACCAGAUGUUCCUCCCGAGAACGAUACCAUUCGGGAUAGCAUCGAUGUCCAGAGUAAUGGCGAACCCGCUGAUCCCAACGACGUCGAUGUCCAAGCAGCCCGACAACUCCAUCGCGAAGCCCGAACCGCCACAUCGGGCAAGAAACCCAAACCCUCAGCAUCAUCCGAGAAACGCCGCAAAUCCAAAACCGCACCAUCUACUGCUGACCAGGAUUCAUCAGAGCUACAGCCCUCUCAACAACCUCCACAAUCAUCACCUCCUCUUGCUCCCGAACUUCUUCCAACUGUUGAGAAUAAAACCUUCACCUCGUUCUACUCCGAUCCUCAAGUUCGCGCCAUCUCUCUGGGGAAGGGAACACCCCCUACCAACCGCCGAACCAACCGUCUUCAACAUCAAACGCUCGCCUUUGGCCAUCCAAUUCCAGAGAUGGAAGAGCAAGAGUUCGAAUUGCCGCCUGAGAUCCUCACCGAAGACGCAAUUCUGGCGAGCCAGCGGAAACAGAGGCGGAUGAGGAGGGAUAGCAGAAGAGGACAGGGGUAGCGCAGUAUAGUAUAUUAUCGUCCUUCGUUAGUUCAUAUUCCUUUUAUCUCUUACUUCUUUCUUCCUGGACUGGGUCCAGAUCAUGCCGUUUCUAUUAAUUUUUUUUUUUUUUUUUUU